AUCCAUGCCCCAAUCCAGUUCAGAAUCUGGCACCACGCACACCUAUCCACAAGGUGUAGGGAGUGUUGAAGGAGCAUCGCAUAAGGAUGCAUACCAGGUGAUCUUGGAUGGUGUGAAAGGAGGUGCCAAGGAGAAGAGACUUGCAGCCCAGUUUAUUCCUAAGUUCUUCAAGCAUUUUCCUGAGCUGGCUGACUCAGCUAUCAAUGCCCAGUUGGACCUCUGUGAGGAUGAAGAUGUUUCUAUCCGGCGACAAGCAAUCAAGGAGUUGCCUCAGUUUGCCACUGGAGACAAUCUUCCUCGGGUAGCAGACAUACUGACCCAGCUCCUGCAGUCAGAUGAUUCUGCAGAAUUCAACUUGGUGAACAAUGCUUUGCUCAGUAUAUUUAAGAUGGAUGCUAAAGGGACUUUGGGUGGCUUAUUCAGUCAAAUUCUUCAGGGAGAGGAUAUUGUGAGAGAACGAGCCAUCAAGUUCCUCUCCACAAAGCUGAAAACCCUGCCUGAGGAGGUGAUGACAAAGGAGGUAGAAGAGUUCAUAUUGACUGAAUCAAAGAAGGUGCUGGAAGAUGUGACGGGUGAGGAAUUUGUUCUGUUCAUGAAAAUACUGUCUGGAUUAAAAAGCUUACAGACAGUAAGUGGGAGGCAACAACUAGUGGAGCUGGUGGCUGAGCAAGCUGACCUGGAACAAACAUUCAAUCCAUCUGAUCCAGACUGUGUGGACAGGCUUCUGCAGUGUACCCGGCAGGCAGUGCCACUCUUCUCAAAAAAUGUUCAUUCCACAAAAUUUGUUACUUACUUCUGUGAGCACGUUCUGCCCAACCUUGGUUCUUUGACUACACCAGUAGAGGGUCUCGAUAUCCAGUUAGAGGUUUUGAAGCUGCUUGCUGAAAUGAGCUCAUUUUGUGGCGAUAUGGAAAAGCUUGAAUCAAAUUUGAAGAAGCUGUUUGACAAAUUACUGGAGUAUAUGCCCCUUCCUCCAGAGGAAGCAGAGAAUGGGGAAAAUGCUGGCAGUGAAGAGCCCAAGUUGCAGUUCAGUUAUGUGGAGUGUUUGUUGUACAGCUUCCAUCAGCUGGGGCGUAAGCUUCCGGACUUCCUCACAGCCAAGCUGAAUGCAGAGAAACUGAAAGACUUUAAAAUCAGGCUACAGUAUUUUGCACGAGGGUUGCAGGUGUAUAUUCGACAGCUUCGUCUCGCGCUUCAAGGCAAAACAGGAGAAGCUUUGAAAACAGAGGAGAACAAGAUAAAAGUGGUUGCCUUGAAAAUAACCAACAACAUUAAUGUUUUAAUCAAGGAUCUCUUCCACAUUCCUCCUUCCUACAAAAGUACAGUUACACUGUCCUGGAAACCAGUGCAGAAGGCAGAUGCAAGUCAAAAAAGAACAAGUGAAGAUACAACCUCAAGUUCACCCCCAAAGAAAGCUUCGGCAGGACCAAAAAGGGAUGCCAGGCAAAUAUAUAAUCCUCCCAGUGGAAAAUACAGCAGUAACCUGGGUAGUUUUUCCUAUGAGCAAAGAGGUGGUUUCCGGGGUGGCCGAGGAAGAGGCUGGGGAGGACGUGGCAAUCGUAGCCGAGGAAGAAUCUACUGAGUAAAGCACUAAAGUCUUCCAUGCCCCUCAAGGGCUAAAAUGAAAGUGCUACUCAGCAAGUUUGCUUGCAGUAUUGCUUCCUUCAAGGACUGCCUUCCACUGAGACUGACUUAAAUGUUCUUUAUACCUUUGUAUGUAUGAUCUACUUUUCUAACGGACUACAACUUGUCCAUAGUGAAACUACAACUGUAUUUUUGGAUGCUUCCAGGUAGCAGUUUUGGGUUCUUUAUUUUUGAAGUGUCUUCAGGAUUCAAAAUUGGAAAAGAGUGUAGAAUUUUAUCAAAAGCUACAUCUUGACAGUUUGUAUAUUAACCUAAAAAUUAGCUAGUGCAUAACUGAAACUAUAUAAUUGAGUUUAUCUAUUAAGUAAUGGACAGGAAAGGCAUGACAACAGAGAUACAUGUCAGAUAAGCUUAGCAGCUGAACUAAUCCUUUCCUCAUCUGUAUAACCACAUUUUGCAAUAUGUGGAGAAGAGUACUGUUAAAUUUGCUUUGAUUUCCUUUUCUGUUUUUCAAUCAACUUGAAUGAGAUACAUGCUGGUUUUAUAAAGUCUGCAACCACUUUUGCCUGUAGCAUGAAGCAGUCCUUUCACUUUGAGAUGUGGAAAAUUGUGGUGGUUUUUGGUUUGCACAUC